AUGUCCUCCUUUGCUCCCCCCGGCCCGCCGCCGCCCAAGGCGCCCGAGGUGCCUCCCGGCUGGACGGCGCAGUGGAACGAGCAACACCCGCCCUCCCGCCGACGCGCCCCCGGCUACUCGCCCGCGGCCGACGGCUCCGCGGCGCCCACCGACACCAAGGUCAACCCUUACUUCCAGGAUAAUAACAACAACAGCAGCAACACGAGCGGCGGCCCUUCCAAAUCCAACCAAGAAGAAGAAGACGCCCGGCUGGCGCGCGAGCUGCAAGAGCAGGAAGACGCCCGGUCGAGGGCCCAACCCUCCGCGCAGCAGUCCUACUACCAGCAAGCUGGUCCCGGAGCUGGCUCGCCCGGUCCUUAUCAGCAGCAGCAGCAGUUCGCGGGUGACCAGUCGCGUAGCAAAGGCAAGGGAGGGUUCCUCAACAAACUGCUCAGCAAAGCCGGCUCGUCCAAGCCCCCGGGCGCGCACUACGGUGGCGGCGGCUACGGCUCCCCGCGCCCCAGCAAGGCUAUGGCGCGCCCCCGCCCGGCGCCGCGUACCCCCGCAGGGCUACGGAAACUACCCUCCCCAGAACCACUACGGUCCUCCCCAGGGAUACGGCUACGGGCCCCGCCCCCGUACGGCGGACACGCUCCCUACGGCCAGCAGGGCUACUACCCGCAGCAACAGCACGGCGGAAGGAAAGGCGGCUCCGGCAUGGGCGGCAUGGCGGCCGGUGCGGCCCUCGGUGUCGGUGCUGGUGUGAUUGGUGGUGCGCUCGUGGCCGAUGCGAUUAAUGAUUCGCAGCACGACGCCUACAUGGAAGGCUAUGAGGAUGGCCAAGAUAACGAUUUCGGUGGCGGUGAUGAUUUCGGUGGCGACUUCUAA